ACGGCGCAGCCUCUAAGUGUCAAGAGUCCGGGUGCGCGGUUGCUUCACGAGUCCUUCUCCUCCUCCCCUGGUCCAGGCCCUCGGGCUGGGGAGAGCCCCGGUAGAGAAGACGUGAUCCGUUCAACUGAACAAAGGAAAUGGCGGCCACACCAAAGGCAAUCGGCUCGGCCGGUGCUGCCGCCGCGGAGACUGGGAAACGUUCCCUAAAAUGGCGGACAGCGCGAACGCAGGCGCGGGCCGGGCUGGCCAAGGCGGGGCGGGGCGUCCGCUCACGGCGCCAGCGGCGGCGACGGGGCGGGGUGGAGGCGCCGACUGUCCCCAUGGCGGCUGCGCCGGAGGCCGGGGAGCCCGGGAAGGGGAAGCCCUUUAAGCUCCUAGGAAUUUUAGAUGUUGAAAACGUCCCCUGUGCACGGGAUUCGACAUUGUAUGGCUCAUUAGGAUCUGUUGUGGCUGGCCUUGGACACUUUUUGUUAACUAGUAGAAUUAGAAGAUCAUGUGAUGUUGGAAUAGGAGGAUUUAUCUUGGUGACUUUAGGAUGCUGGUUCCACUGUAGGUAUAAUUAUGCAAAGCUAAGAAUCCAGGAAAGACUUGCCAGAGAAGGAAUUAAAAACAAGAUUUUAUAUGAAAGUACCCACCUUGAUCCUGAAAGAAAACAAACCAACAGCGGCAGCAGCAGCAAUUGAGCAGUCUUGAGCACAGAAAACCCAGAUACAACUCACUUCGGUGUGAACAAAGCCGAGAUCAACUCUAGAAAGCAUUUUAUAUACCACAAGGCUUUCAACCAAGUAAAUAAAGUAUGUGUAAGUUGUAGUCUUUUUUACAUGUGUAUGAAUAUUUACAAACUUAUUCUGGCCCUGUAACUACUAUCAGUAUAGCACAUAGUGGGCUCAUACUUAAAAUAAACCUCGUGUUUAACAUGCUUAGAAAAGUGUUUCCUUAUAGUAAGCAGUGAGUACACCUGACGUUUCAAGAAAUAAAAUCUCAGUUCGAUGUUAAAUCUUGCCUUAAAAACAAAAAUCACAACUGUAUUACUGUACCCUGUUAAAAAUGAGGGGAUACUUUCUGAUUUCUAAAGCCAGUGAUGUUGUAUCAGACUUAAAACUAAUGGGUCGUCACUUUGCAAUUGUUAUUUUAAAAAUGUACCCAUUGCUUGACCCUAUUCUUCCACUUCAACAGGUGAGUCAUCUCUCGGAAAGGAAAGGUGGUUUUAGCUGCUCUAAAUAUUUUUU